CAUCGGGGUUUCACAAGAAGAGCAGCCCCAACAGGUUAUAGGACAUAAGCAUGUCUACAAAUGUUGGUACGAUCCGCCUUAGAAACUUGGCUGAGUUACAGACUUCAAAUUUCGAUGAGGUAGCAGCAACUACAAAAUCCAUUUCGGAGGAAACCAAUACGCCAGAAAAACAUAAAAAGGCGCGAAAAGUACGCGCAGCAACAACAACAAAGAAGAAGACAAAAGAUGAAAUUACAAACGCUCAGGCUAUUGUUAGCAGCACUGCGGUUAAGCGAAAUGGAAAAAAGGAGCCGCUACCGGGCCAGCUGCGCAUUGAUGCGUUUUUCAAGAGUAGCACAAAAAGCUAUAAAGUUGAGCCUUUCCCAACAAUCUCCCCUGGAAAAGCAAAACUUCGCCGUUCUCCACGUAAAGGAUGCAAGCGAUUGUUCGAUGAGAAGUCGACAACGACGGAAAGUAUGUCCAAAAUGUCAGAUAUUUCAUCGGAAAUCCAGCUUAGCCGGAAACCCACACGAAAGCGAACACAGCCGCAGCGCAAUGCCAAGGCGAAAUGCACGACAUCCCCGGGUGACGUCAUUGAUCUCUGUUCCGACGAUGAACCAGAAUCUGAUAACAAACCUGCGGUGCUUAGUGUGUUGGCGGCUGUUCAGCCGGAAGCACCAGCUAUGGUGAAUAUACCUUGUUUAAAUAUACAGAGGAAUUUAGAGACUGAGGCUUCUUCGAAAGAAAAUAUGCCCAAAACACGACAGCGCAAGCGUUGCCCGCCUUAUAAGAUUGUAGAGGAUACAACAUUCGUCGUCGAUGGCUUCCAGUUUGGCGAUAUUCCGAACGCGACACAUUACUUUCUCAGUCACUACCAUGCCGAUCACUAUAUAGGCCUAACCCGAAAGUUUGCCCAUCCACUAUACAUGAGCCCUAUCACAGCCAGCCUCGUGCGUACGUUCAUUCCAAUUGACAGUCAGUACCUCCACGAAAUCGCUGUCGAUCAAUCCAUUACGCUCAAUGACAUUGAAGUCACAGCUAUAGAUGCCAAUCACUGUCCGGGUGCUAUAAUGCUGAUCUUCAAAUUUAACACUGGCAAGUGUAUCCUGCAUACUGGCGACUUUCGUGCCAGCUUUGAAAUGGAGUCUUUGCCAAUUUUCUGGAACCUGCCAAAUAUUGAUGUACUCUACCUGGACACCACAUAUCUCUCGCAGAAUUAUGACUUUUGUCAUCAGUCCGACAGUAUUUAUAGAGUUUGUUCCUUGGUGCGCCAAUUCCAUGAGAAGAACGCCAGCAAGCGUAUAUUGCACGUUUGUGGCUCCUAUUUGAUUGGCAAGGAGAAGGUGUGGUCGGCAUUGGUCGAGGAGUUUAGGCUAAGGGUCUGGACGGAACCUAAUCGACGCAAAGCAAUCGAAUGUCUCGAUUGGCCAGAGUUAAAGCUUAGCCUGUGUGAUGAUCCCUUUGAGGCUAAUCUGCAUGUAAUCAACUUGGGAAAGAUUAGCUAUCCGCAACUUGAUCAGUACUUUAAGCAAUUUGAGGGACACUAUGAUAUGCUGCUUGGCAUACGACCCAGCGGUUGGGAGAAGAACUCAAAGCCAUCGUAUGGCAAGCGAAUCAGUGUAAUUGGAGUGGAAUAUUCAGAACAUUCAAGCUACAAAGAACUGGAGCGUUUCGUACGUUUUCUGAAGCCAAAAAAUGUCAUAAGCACAGUUCCUUUAGGAAGAGAUCUCUGCGUUACCCCCACUGUGCCGACCAACUGGUUUAGAUAUAAAGGAUAUGGCGGUAUGCUCAGCAAGAGCUACCAGCCCUCCAUUUCAACGUUUUUGGAGACGCCCCAGCGUAAGCCGCCGACAAUGGCAAACAGAAGCACAAAUAUGAUAUUAAGCCCAAUUGAAAACUGUGGCAUCACGAACUCGGAGAGCUUAGACGCUCUUGUUAGAGAAGAGUCUGCCAAAGAUGAUUCCACUGACGCUGCGCAUCAGUCGGUUGACAGAUUCAUGUCUGAUGCUUCCAAUGAUUUGCUCUCAAUUAUUUAGAUUUUUGUAGUAGUGAUAUUUUUAGUCGUUUUGUUUUUGUUUAUGUUUGAAUUUAAAGUUCAGUUAAAUUAUUUUUCUUAUUGCUAAAAAAAAGACAAUUUUUUAAAUUUAUAUAUUUGGGUUUGAAUUGGCAGAAUAAUUUAAAAUAAAAUACUUCUGAAUCAGGAUUAACAAUCAGACAAGUCGUACUUUUUUUUAUAUGUUUACCCAUAUAUUUUAUUUGUCAAAUAAUUAAUAGUUAAAUAUGAUAUUUUCUACCAGCAAAUCCGCUGAACCCAAUUAAUCUAUACUUUCGAACCAAAUAAAAAAAGUAUGUAUGUCACAGAAAUGUAUAUGUUAAGUCAAAUGCAUUUCCGGGCUUAAUAUAUUCUGAUAGCAACAAUUAUAUUUGCAAAUUUAUUAACGAUAUCAAUUGUUCCCAUCCGAGGCAACGCAAUUCAUAUUUAAACAAGGCGUCGCCCACAUUCAUUUUGUAUACAAUACAAGGCAUUAUAUUUGAUUACAUUUUUUAUAUGUGCAUAUUUAAUUUUAUAUGUAUAUAUAAAUUAUUUGUAUUUCAAUUCUAUUUUUUAUAUAGAUUUUCCACUAGUUGACAUAGUAACACUUGUUUAUAAAGAUUAUGCUUAACGUAAAUACAUCAUGGAUAAAUAAACUUUAGGAUAUUGAUAUUGUGGUUUUUGAUGAUAUUCACAAUGCAAGGGGCUGAAAUAAAUAAUUUCAAUGCGUCCUUGUUCUAAGCAGUACGAAUGACAACAUGAUUUGAAGCUGUUUGUAAACAAUUCACACUGAUAUGUUUAGGUAUAAAUAAGUAAUUAACGUAUAAAUAUAUUGAAAGCGCUGGAGUAACGAAUUUUGGAAUGGACACUGUUUUGACUUCUGCUCAUUCAAUUUUUAUCAAUUUAAACAAUUGACUAUACAAACGGUUGCUUAAUUAUAAACAUGUACAAUAUGUAAAUAUAUGUAAUGUAAAUAAAUAGAAAUUGAUUUUAACGAGUUUUCCAAAACUAACAAAUUUAACAAAAUCCAAAUUGAAGGAGAUUACAACUAAAAACGUUUGGCUAUAUAGCACAUAACAAGAAAUCGCAUGAGCAGAAAAUGACUUCGGAACCAGUCCAAAAGAUUUGGUGGGUAACACAGGAAUUCAGAAUGUUGUCGGCCAAUUAAC